AUUAACAAAACAAGCUAUCUAGGCCCAUCUGGACAUGCUGUUCUUUUAUGUCUCUCAUUUCCACAUAAACCACAAUUCGGCAAAGCCCUCGUACGCGGCUGUAAAGGUGAUGAAACGCGUCUCGGACGGGGGUGCUGGAGCUAUCGGGGCCUUGAUUGGGGCCUCAAUUAGCUCACAAGCCUCUGAAACUGAGAGGCCUUCUUCACGAGGUAUCUGCCUUUUAGACCGUAAUAGCAGCUGAUUGCAUACCGAUUUGGCACGCUUUAAGAAUCCGAUUUAUCGCGGUAUUAAGCGGACUUGGUGGG